GCGGAGCCACGCCUGCGCGCUACUCGAACGCCCGCCAGGCUGGUUACACGCGAACUCACAGGAAGCGCUCAUUAACCCUGCUUCCGGAGAGGAUUCUCUGUGGCGAUCUACAGUGUGGAGACCGGCAAACUCUGAAGCGGGUGUUUAGCUACUCGCGUGGUCUGUGCGCCCUGCGUCUCCAGUGGAACCGGAAGAGUUUGGAAUAGAUAUGAGCUAUUUCAAUGAAGAACUGGCAGAGCUUGCUGUGGCAGAGCAGAACAGAGAAACGUCUGUGCUGUCUGAGACAGGAAUGCAUUUCCCAUGGCGUCAGAAGCACAUGGAAACUGUAGUGACUGGCGGGAAGAGGAGGAAGGACUUUGCCCAGACUACGAGUGCUUGUCUAACCCUGAUCCAAGAAGCCCUGCUGAAGCACCAGUGGCAGCAAGCAGCGGAGUGCAUGCACAGCUACCUACAGACCCUGGAGGACUCAGACACCUACAAGAAGCAGGCUGCCCCUGAGAUCAUUUGGAAGCUUGGAAGCGAAAUUCUAUUUUAUCACCCCAAAAGCAGUGUGGAGACUUUCAGUAGCUUUGCUGACCGGAUGAAGAAUAUUGGCGUCUUGAAUUAUUUAAAGAUCUCCUUACAACAUGCACUGUAUCUUUUACAUCAUGGGAUGCUGGAGGAUGCAAACAGAAAUCUGAGUGAUGCAGAGACAUGGAGAUACGGUGAAAAGUCAUCUUCUCAGAAAGUGUUAAUCAACCUUGUUCAGGCCUACAAAGGGCUUUUACAGCACUACACUUGGUCCAGAAAGAAGAUGGAGUUGUCAAAGCUUGCAGAUAAGGAUGAUUGUGUUUACACUGUGAAAUCCCAAAAAAUGCUCAGCCAGAGCUGCAAGACAUCUGCGAAUAUAUGUGCACUGAUUAAAAUUCCUGGGGUGUGGGACCCUUUUGUGAAGAGUUACGUGGAGAUGCUAGAAUUCUAUGGUGAUCAAGAUGGCGCCCGAGAGGUACUCACCAAUUAUGCGUAUGAUGAAAAGUUCCCAUCAAACCCCAACGCUCAUGUCUACUUAUAUGAAUUUCUUAAGAGAGAGAAGGCACCAAGAGCGAAGCUGAUAAGCGUUCUUACGAUUCUGCAUAAGAUUGUGCCAUCCCAUACACUAAUGUUAGAAUUCCAUACACUGCUUAGAAAAUCAGAGACAGAAGAACACCGGAAACUGGGCUUGGCCGUGCUAUUUGAAGUUCUGGAUUUCUCUGGAUGUACUAAGAACAUAACUGCCUGGAAAUACCUGGCAAAGUAUCUGAAGCAGAUAUUAAUGGAAAGACAUUCUGCUUGGGUUGAAGAAGAGUGGAAAUCUAGGAGAAACUGGUGGCCAGCCUUUCACUUCAGCUUCUUUUGGGCAAAGAGUGAUUGGAAGGCAGAUGCUGACUUGGCUUUUGAGAAAGGAUUUGUAGCUGGCAUCCUUUUAGGGAAAGGUUGUAGAUAUUUUCGGUAUAUUUUAAAACAAGAUCAUGAAACCUUGAAGAAGAAAAUUAAGCAGAUGAAGAAGUCUGUGAAAAAAUACAGUAUUGUAAAUCCAGGUGUUUGCACCUAGAUUUUUAAGUUAUUUAGUGGCUCAGUGGUUAUUGAG